UAGUUUUGUGGAAGUGUAAAAGUAAGAUGGGGCGUUUCUUUUUUGUGAUCUUUACAACAUUUGUGAUUUUUGCUGAUAAGACUUUGCUGGUUAUUGGCGAAGAUGUUGUAGACACCGUGGAUGCUGAAUCUCUUACGGAUUCUCUAGUUGAUGGCCAAACUGGAGAUUUGCUUCAUUUUCCCAAUGUGAUUGAAAUGAUUCAGGAGAAUGGUUACCCAGUUGAAAGCCAUGAGGUUCAAACUGAAGAUGGCUACCUCCUAACCAUGCACCGUAUUCCGUAUGGAAAGGCCCCUGGUGCUGGACCUGGACCCAAUAAACCAGCCAUUCUUCUUCAUCAUGGACUUCUUCUUUCCUCCGCAAGCUUCGUUGUGUUGGGACCUGAAAAGUCCCUGGCCUACCUACUUGCAGACAGAGGCUACGAUGUUUGGAUGGGGAAUGCAAGAGGGAAUACCUGGUCUAGGAAACACAUCAAAUGGGAUCCUGAUAAUCCUCUAACUCGUGGACAAUUCUGGAAUUUCAGUUGGCACGAAAUUGGAUUUUAUGAUCUUCCAGCAUUAAUUGAUUACAUUUUUCUAAAAACUGGCCAGACGAAGCUUCACUACGUUGGACACUCUCAAGGAGCCACCGCUGUACUCGUCCUACUCUCCCUAAAACCCCAAUACAACGAUGUUAUGAAAUCAGUGCAUCUUCUAUCUGCUGUUUCCUUCAUGUCUCAUACCCAGAGUCCCCUAUUGAUUGCUCUUUCUCCUACGGCGAAUGUUGUGGAUUUAGCUACAACGGUUGUAGGGAAUUUUGAAUUUGCUCCGAGUGAUCUUUUCUGGCAAUUGGGAGGGAAACUUGCCUGCAUGGAUGCCUCACCAAUUCAGGAAUUAUGUGCUCAAACUAUCUUUCUUAUUGCAGGCUAUGAUUCUGAGCAGUUCAACAGAACCAUUCUUCCAACGAUCUUUGCCAAUACACCUGCAGGAGCUUCCAGCAAACAACUCAUUCACUAUGCACAAGAAGUUAAUUCCGGACGUUUCUGCCAGUACGAUCAUGGACUCAUUGAAAAUCUGAUGAAAUAUAAUUCUAUUUCACCUCCUGAAUAUCCCCUUGACAAGAUCACGACAAAAAUAUCCGUUCAUCACAGUGAUAACGAUUGGAUUGCUGCUCCUGAAGAUGUUAAGAUUUUACUGUCUAAACUACCGAAUGUAGAAGCUUUUCAUGUUUCUUUGGAAAAGUUUACUCAUGUGGACUUUAUUUGGGCAAUUGAUGUUAAAGAAUUACUCUACAAUUUGCUUAUUGAGCAAAUUGUAAAUGCUAAUUAACCCAAGUCAAUGAAAAAUUGUUCUAUGGAUGACUGGAUAAAGGACAUUAUGCACUGUAAGUUCAUAUGUGAAAUAAAUGCAUUAAAUACUUUUGAUGUUACUCAAAA